UCUCGCUAGCAUUACAGGCGCGGCCACCGAGCUGUCACUGCCCUGAAGUUGAACUGAAAUGGCGGAGAAAACGGAGCCUGAGCUGACCGGUCUGACCGAUGAGGAGGCUUACAGCGUUUGUAGUGACCCUCCUGCCUUCACCAAGGAUUUCAUGAUGCAACAAACCAUGCUCCGAAUAAAAGAUCCCAAGAAAUCACUGGAAUUUUACACUAAAGUAUUAGGAAUGACGCUGCUCCAGAAGUUUGACUUUCCGUCCAUGAAAUUCUCACUAUAUUUUGUUGGCUAUGAGGACAAGAAGGAUAUCCCUAAAGAUGUGAAAGAGAGGACAGCUUGGACGUUCUCACGGAAAGCGACAAUUGAACUAACACAUAACUGGGGGACUGAAAAUGAUGAGAAACCUUAUCACAGUGGGAACUCUGACCCUCGGGGGUUUGGUCACAUUGGCCUUGCUGUUCCUGAUGUGUACGCUGCAUGUAGUCGGUUUGAAGAGCUGGGUGUAACCUUUGUUAAAAAAGCAGAUGAUGGAAAAAUGAAAGGAUUGGCUUUUAUUCAAGACCCAGAUGGCUACUGGAUUGAAAUUCUCAGUCCCAACACAAUGUUAAAUAUAAUUUAAUAUUCAAUUUGUCACAGGUGCAAAAGGCAUCAGAUGAGCUACAGAGGAACAAUUACAGAAAUGUGUAUAACAUCAUAUAGUUCAAUGGUUUUCCAGGCCAAGAGUAUAUGGAAAGGGAUUAAUAUUUAGUUUUACAUUGUGCUGCAGGUGCUGUUUUUGUACCACAAUAAAGAAAAGAAAAGCGCUUCUUCAUGUAUUCUAACCAAAAAUUAAUUCUCAUUUGUAGUCAUUUAGAUAUAUUAACCCUUAUGAGAUUUGAGAGUAUAUAUAAUAUGUAUAGGUCUGUCUCUCUCUCUCUCUCUCUUUCUUUCUUUCUUUCUUUCUUUCUUUCUUUCUUUCUUUCUUUCUCUCUCUCUCUCUCUCUCUCUCUCUCUCUCUCUCUCUCUCUCUCUCUCUCUCUCUCUCCUCUUUAUCUCUCUCUCUCUCUCUCUUUAUCUAUCUCUCUCUCUCUCUCUCUUUAUCUCUCUCUCUCUCUCUCUCUUUAUCUCUCUCUCUCUCUCUCUCUCUCUUUAUCUCUCUCUCUCUCUCUCUUUAUCUCUCUCUCUCUCUUUAUCUCUCUCUCUCUCUCUUUAUCUCUCUCUCUCUCUCUCUCUCUUUAUCUCUCUCUCUCUCUUUAUCUCUCUCUCUCUCUCUCUCUCUUUAUCUCUCUCUCUCUUUCUCUCUCUCUCUCUCUCUUUCUUUCUCUCUCUCUCUCUCUCUCUCUUUCUUUCUCUCUCUCUCUCUCUCUCUUUCUUUCUCUCUCUCUCUCUCUCUCUUUCUUUCUCUCUCUCUUCUCCCAAAAAUGGAGAUUAAAUUAAAACAGAAGACUACUCUUUAAACUGCGCUUGAUUGUACUUCCUGUUGUAAUUUUCGAUUCACUCAGUCAAUGCACUAAAAAGUAUUUUAUGGCUCAGAUUGGUUCUCUUUUGAUUGAUUGGCACAUGCCUCGGGUAGUUAUUUGCAUAAUAUACAAAUAUGCUUAACAAGAACACUUUUAUAUAGAUCGCUGCCAUAUUUCUAUCUAUUUCACAAUUAAUAGUUAAUGUAAUUUGCUGCUAACUCUCUCAGCAUCUGUGUGAUUUAUUUCACACUAAACAGGCUUUGUUUGCCGCUGAUCACUGUGCAUAUAUUUCUUUAAAAAGUUUAUGGAAAUAAUUUGCACUUUAACAUACGGUUUACUGAGAGGGUUAACGGUUAUAUUAACCCGUACAUGGUUGAAGUAGCAAUAUUACAGUAACUGUAUUCGGUAUUUUGAUUAGUGCCUUAAUAAAAGCACUUCAGUGUUUAACCCUGUUUGAUGUGACAGUGCAACUGUAAACCAAGUGGAUAAUUCAAUAAAUCUGGUUUGUAAAUA